AUGGUCCGACGUUUCGGGCGCGGUGCCUCUUCCACAGCUGUUCUCAGCUCUGGAGGUCGCCCUGCGGGAACUGCGGACGGAGGUGCAACACCUGCGCAGGCUGCCCCCUGUGCACCGUGGGGUCCCGUGGAGCGAUUCUGGGCCCUGUCGGAUGGCCGCGUGGUGGAGUACGACUUUGAGGAGGAGACGCUCACCACUCGCUCGGCCUACCAGAGCGUGAGAGUGCUCCGCUCUCCCCAGUACGGGAGCACUCUGGUGCUCAACGGGGACGUCAACCUGGCGGAGAGUGACGCUGCCUACACGCAGUGCAUCAUGGGGGACGGCCAGGAAACCUUCACAGGCCGUGACGUCCUCAUCCUGGGUGGCGGGGACGGAGCGAUCCUACACAGCCUCCUGUCUAACUACAAGCCUCGUAGUAUCACCAUGUUGGAGAUUGACCCCGUGGUGAUGGAGGCCUGCCGGACGCAUCUCCGCUCAGUGUGCGGAGACGUCCUGGACUCACUCAGUGGACCCACUCACCAGAUCGUGGUGGGUGACUGUGUUCCCGCUCUACGUCGCUACGCUGACAGCGGCACGGAGUUUGACUUCAUCAUCAACGACCUCACGGCCAUCCCCAUCUCGACCACUCACCACCACGACUCUUCGUGGGAGUUCCUGUGGCUCAUUCUGGAACUUUCCCUCAAGGUUCUACGUCCAGACGGCAAAUACCUCACCCAGGGUAAUGGCUACAAUAUGCGUGCCGCUCUGCGUGUCUACGAGCAGCACCUGGGGCAGCUGCAGCCUCCCGUGGGCUUCACCCGCCGCACGGCAAACGUGCCCUCGUACCUGGAGCUCUGGGUCUUCUACACCAUCUGGAAGAAGACUCCGUGAAGAGUCACACACACACACACACACCUACACACACACACACACACACCUACACACACACACACACACCUACACACACACACAUACACACACACAC